AGACCUGCGACAUGGCCCCCCGCGAACGGAGGAACUGCGGCUACCCCGGCGUCACCGAGGCCGAGUGUAGGAGCAAAGGCUGUUGUUUUAACCGCUCCAUCCCCGGCUACCCCUGGUGCUUCUACCCCAUGGCCAUCGACAAUCCUGCAGAAGAGGAGUGCCCGUUCUAGACGCCCGCCCCACGCCAGGAGCUCCAGCACCCUGCCUGCGCGGGCCGUCGCCUGCCCGUCACGGAGCCCAGCCUGCACCUGCAGACCCGGGACAUCCUUCUGAGUCUCCCCCGGGCCUCCGGGGAGAUCGGCGGCUCUGAUUCUCAGUCCUCACAAUUGGCCUCAAAGAUUAAAAGAGAUGA